CUUGGUUUCUAUUUACAUUAUCCGUACCUUUUUUUUUUUUUUGUGUCAGUCAGUGGUUCCAUCCAUGGAUGCCCCAUUUGCAAGGUUAAUAGAUUUUCUAGUGAGUUUUAGUAACUAACAGGAUGACGACGAACAGCCGGAUUGAAGAGAGGCUGCUCUGUGCAGCAGGAGAUGCAGAACCAAAACAGGACAGUAGCCUCACAAGCAGAGUUUGGGUGGAGUCGAAGAAGAUAUGGAGAGUCACGUUCCCGGCGAUGUUGGCCCGUGUCACGUCCUUCGGAAUCUUUGUGGUCACGCAGGCAUUCAUCGGUCAUAUUGGCGAGACUCAGCUCGCCGCCUACGCCCUCAUUCAAAUCAUUGGUGUUCGUUUCGCUAAUGGAAUCCUCUUGGGAAUGUCGAGUGCGACUGAAACUCUGUGUGGCCAAGCCUUCGGAGCCAAGCAAUACCACAUGCUUGGAAUCUACCUGCAGAGGUCAUGGAUCAUCAACCUUGUCACGGCAACAAUCUUAGUCCCUGUAUUCGUCUUCAGCGCUCCGAUUUUCAAGCUCCUAGGGGAAGAGGACACUAUUGCAGACAGCGCGGGUUACAUUGCCCGCUGGUUCAUCCCAAUCAUCUACUACAUGGUUUUUGGCCUCACUAUCCAAAAGUUCUUGCAGGGCCAGCUCAAGAAUAUCAUAAUCGCUUGGCUCUCCGCAAUCUCAUUCGUGCUCCAUGUGUUCCUAUCAUGGCUGUUUGUUAACGUGCUUGACUGGGGGAUCCCAGGGGCAAUGAGCGCAAUGAUCGUGUCUAGCUGGUUCAUUGCAAUUGGGGAGUUUGUGUACAUCUUCGGAGGGUGGUGUUCAAAUACAUGGAAAGGGUUCACUCUGGCUGCUUUUGCAGAUCUAUGGCCUGUCAUAAAGCUUUCGGUUUCAUCUGGAGUGAUGCUAUGCUUGGAGCUUUGGUACAAUGCCGUUUUGGUUCUGCUGGCCGGUUACAUGAAGAAUGCCUCAGUCGCGAUUUCAGCAUUCUCCAUAUGUCUUAACAUCUCGGCAUGGGAAUUCAUGAUCUGCCUCGGGUUCCUCAGCGGCGCAAGUGUGCGUGUCUCGAAUGAAUUGGGUCGAGGGGAUGCCAAGGCAGCAAAGUUUUCCAUCAAAGUGAUAUUGGGCACCUCUAUCAGCAUCGGAGUCAUCUUCUGGAUUCUCUGCCUAGUCUUCGGCCGUCAAAUAGGCUACAUAUUCACAAGCGAAGAGGCUGUAGCGGAAGAAGUUGCUAGCCUCUCGGUCCUGCUAGCUUUCUCCAUCUUGCUCAAUAGCGUUCAGCCAGUUCUCUCGGGGGUGGCAGUUGGAGCUGGGAGGCAAAGUAUGGUCGCCUAUGUCAACAUUGGAUGCUACUAUGUGAUCGGGGUGCCUCUAGGAGUUGUGCUUGGUUAUGUAGCCGGUCUACAAAUUCAGGGUAUAUGGAUUGGGAUGAUAGUCGGAGUAGCAAUGCAGACAACGGUACUUGGAAUCAUCACCUACAGGACCAAUUGGGAUGAGCAGGUCCUUAAAGCAUCGGAGCGGCUUAACAGAUGGUUCCGGCGAGAUGCAGAAGAUGGCACCACCAGUUCGACAAGUGAAAGGCCCAGAGAUAACAAUCAAUGAGGACUUCAAUUCGUGUGGAUAACAUUUUUGUUUCACAUGAUUCGAUUAGAUCAGAGGGAAAACGGAGAUUUUCCAGAUCAGACCGACUUCAUUGAAGCUUUUCCACCAAGCAGGAGUCAAACUGUUUUAUUGUUGAAGUCGGUUAUCUGGAAGACAAUACGUCCUGAAUAACCAUUUCUUUGGGCUCUGGUCUAAUUUUUUUGGAACCAGAUGUGCAAAAUAGUCGUGCCAAAGCAUUCAAAAUACAUUUUUCAGUGUGCUGCAUAUAUAUACCAGUAUUUUCUAACCCA